GCUGGAAUUAGGAAUGGGGAUUGAGAGCGUUGGGCGAGUCAACAAAUGGUGCUUUAAAAUCUUGUGGACCGCGAGUUUCUGAUCUCUCCGUCCCGUGCUCUAGGAUUCGGGACGCUGAUGGAGCGAGAAUACACACCGCUCAGUCCGCACUGUGCGCGAGCACUGUCGGACAAAAUCUACGAGCGGCGAAAGGCGGCUUCGCUCGAGAUAGAAAAGUCUACAAAAGAGUUCUUGACGCGCAACAAUACCCCGCCUAUACGCAAAAUGCUGAAAAUCCUCGGUCAAGAUUUCGCACUCUCGCCGAACUCGAACUCCCGAAAAGGUGGACUCCUCGGCAUAUCCGCGGUGGCCAUACAACUCAAACAUCGAUGCCCGGAAUUUUUAGACGAAAUGAUAACCCCUGUGCUCGCUUGUCUCAGCGAUCCGGAUCACAGAGUCAAGUACCAUGCGUGCGAGUCGCUUUACAACAUCGUAAAAGUGGCGCGAGGUGGAUGUCUGCCUUACUUCACGCACAUUUUCGAUGCCUUGGCUCGCCUAGCGACAGAUCAAGAGGGCUCGGUGAGAUCAGGUGCCGAAGCCCUGGAUCGCCUCAUGAAGGACAUAGUUUCGGAGAGUCCGGCCUUCGAUUUGGUAUCGUUCAUGACCAUGCUCAGAGAACGCAUAAUGACGCAGAGCACUGCGGCCCGCCAAUUCCUCGUCGGAUGGAUCUCCGCCAUGAACUCUAUGCCAGACAUCGACAUGUUGGUUUUCCUGCCGGAGAUCCUCCAUGGGUUAUUCGAGAUACUGGCGGAUCCGGCACUCCAACGGAACUGUCAGAGUACCCUGGACAGCUUUCUCGAGACAAUCAAGAAGAAUCCACAGAGCACAAGCUUCGUCGAUAUGACAGCGACCCUCAUCGACCACUCCCAGUCCAGCGUGGAAGUUGUUCAACUUACGGCUCUCCAGUGGCUCGAGCAAUUCGUGACGUUGAGCGGCCGAAGUCUCCUGCCCCUGACUUCGGGAAUUCUCACUGCCGUUCUCCCCACGCUCCCUAACAGAUACGGUAAUCCAUGUCUACCUCUGCCCCGGAGCUCUGACACUGUUUCAUGCGAUUCAGAAAGUCAGCGAGAGAUCUCCAGAUGCGCUACGAACAUAAACGAGAGAAUGCUCGAACUGGUGACCGCCGAGGGCGAGGACUUCGACGCAGAUCUCGGACCUGUGAUUUCUGUUCUCCGAGAGUUCCUCGACCACGACUCCACGCAGACUCGCAUGGCAGUGCUCCGUUGGAUUUUGCAUCUGUACUGCAAGCUCCCUGCUAAGAUGCAAAAUCAUAUGGACGCGGUCUUUCCGAUAUUGCUCAAUGUACUCUCGGACGAGGCCGAUGAGGUUGUGUUACUCGAUUUGGAAGUGCUCUCGGAGAUGUCUAAAAAAGAAACGACGAACGAUGAGAAAGACUACUUUCAACAAUUCAUGAACUCUUUGCUCGAUCUCUUCAGGAACGAUCAGAAGUUGCUCGAGAGACGCGGCUCAUUCAUCAUACGACAGUUGUGUGUUUUCUUGCCGCCCGAGGACAUCUAUCGCUCUAUGGGAAUACUCCUCGAGAAAGAAGAAGAUCUCCGUUUCAGUGAGCACAUGGUGAAAACUCUGAACACCAUUUUGCUCACAACUUCGGAAUUGUUCUCACUGCGAACAUCUCUGAAGCAACUAGAUACGGAACCGAGGAAAGAGCUUUUUGUCUGUCUGUACAGAGUCUGGUGUCAUCAUCCGCUGGCUGUCGUUUCUUUGUGUCUAUUGUCACAGCAUUACACACACGCGUGUGAGCUGCUCCAAAGAUUCGCUGAAAUCGAAGUCACUUCAGACUUUCUUGUCGAAGUCGACAAACUGGUUCAGCUCGUGGAGUCUCCAAUUUUCACGUUUCUCCGACUUCAGCUUCUCGAGCCGGAAAAAAAUCAAGAUCUCGUGAAAGCUUUAUAUGGUCUGCUGAUGCUCUUGCCGCAGAGCGAGGCUUUCCUCCUGCUCCGGACCCGGCUCAUGUGCAUACCGAAUCAGAACUUGACUUCGCGGUCUUUCAAGGGGGAACCUCCAAGCUCGGAGGGCGGUCCGGAUUUCAAAGAAUUAUUGUCGAUAUUCGAGGGAAUUCAACAGCGGAAGAAGGAAAGGGAAUCGAGGCGCCAGAAGCACAAACUUAGUCACAAACUCCUCGCACCAUGAGGCGACGAUUGGGACCAAUAUCUCAGUCUCCCCUUUUUGGUCCAUUCAAAUCCGCAAGAGACUUCUCUGUGAUUCUUCUCUCCUCUGCCCGAGAAUAAAUCCCGAUGAUCUGACUCUACCGAUGCCGAUCGGCGGCAGCAUAGGCGGAAGUCUGCCGUCAUCAUUCUUAAGACUCGGUCUUUUAUGUCGAGAAAAAGGGCUAUGUGGG